UUGUUUGGAGGCAGAACUACAUUCCUCAUUUGUAACACUUACAUUUUUUUUUAAUCAUAUAUUACUUAUUUGGACGUCUGCUAUAGCGUGAAGAAGCACAUGGCCGUGGUGUUUAAUAGUUGGUGGCGUGUUGGAGCUGAUGGGGGACGCAAAGGAGACCUGGAAAGUUAAAACACUUGAUGAAAUUCUUUUAGAGAAAAAGCGUAGACGAGAACUGGAAGAGAAAACUGACUGUAAACGUCCAAAAAAUACGGAUGAGCGAGAACCCAAGCGGGACACUCUGGAGGAAGGAGAGCUUCGGGACCACAGGAUGGAGAUAACCAUUCGGAAUUCACCUUACAUUCGUGAAGAGACUGCAGAGGACAGAGGAGAAGAAGAUGACUCACUGGCUAUUAAGCCUCCUCAGCAGAUGACCAGAAAAGACAAAUCACAUCACAGAAAAGAUGAAAAGCGGAAGGACAAGAGGCAUAGGCGCAGUGACUCUGCUGAAGAAGCAGGGAAACACAUGCGGACAAAAGAGAAGGAGAAAGAACGUGAGAGCGAGCGGCGGAAAAGGCACUGGGAGGAGCAAGAUAAAGCCAGAAGAGACUGGGAAAGACAGAAACGCAGAGAACAGGCCAGAGCUCACUCCCGCAGAGAAAGAGACCGGCUAGAGCAGCUGGAACGCCAGCGGGAGCGGGAGCGGAAACAGAGGGAGCAGCUGCAGAAGGAACAGCGUGAUCACAAAGAACGUGAGAGGAGGGCAGAUGAGCGUCGGAAAGAGCGUGACUCGAGAAGAGAAGUUCCUUUACACCAUCGUGGGCAACCGGAUGACUAUGAAGUCAAACCAAGGCAUCGCAGCCGCAGUCCCAACCGGCAUCACCGUGACCGCCUUGAACAUGGUGACCAAGACAGGAUUUUAAAAGAUGAAAAGCCUGAAGACCGAGAUCUGCUGUCUGACCUGCAGGAUAUCAGUGACAGUGAGAGAAAGACCAGCACUGCAGAAUCCUCAAUUGAUUCUGGCUCAGGCUCUGAAGAUGAUGAAUCUAGCAGCCAGAGUGAAGAAGAAGAAGAGGAGUCUGUUUCAAACUCAGCUGGAUCAGAACAAAGUGCAGACGAUAUGACCGAUGAAGAUCCGUCCGAGGAGGGGGAAGAGGAGAAAGAAAAUGGCAACCUUGCUCUAACAGGAAUUGAAUCACGUUUUGACCAUGACUCUGGGGAUAGCGUAGAAGAGGAGGAUGAGGACCUCGAUGAAGAUGAAGGGUGUGCUGAAGAGCUCACACCGCAGUCCAAUACACAGUCAGCCACACCUGAAGAGAAUUACCUUCCCAAUUCACCGCCUCUUUCUCCGGUGGAGUUAAAGAAGGAGCUACCCAAAUACCUUCCUGCCCUUCAGGGCUGUCGCAGUGUGGAAGAGUUCCAGUGUCUAAAUCGUAUCGAGGAGGGAACCUAUGGUGUGGUGUACAGAGCUAAAGACAAAAAAACAGAUGAGAUAGUAGCUUUGAAGAGAUUGAAGAUGGAAAAGGAGAAGGAGGGAUUCCCUAUUACGUCACUGCGGGAGAUCAACACCAUUCUGAAAGCCCAGCACCCCAACAUAGUGACUGUGCGUGAGAUAGUUGUUGGAAGCAACAUGGACAAGAUCUACAUUGUGAUGAACUACGUGGAACAUGACCUUAAGAGCCUAAUGGAAACCAUGAAGCAGCCCUUUCUUCCAGGUGAGGUCAAAACUUUGAUGAUUCAGUUGCUACGGGGUGUUCGUCAUCUUCAUGACAAUUGGAUCCUCCAUCGUGACCUGAAGACAUCCAACCUGCUUCUCAGCCACAAAGGCAUCUUGAAAAUUGGAGACUUUGGCCUGGCCCGGGAAUAUGGCUCUCCUCUAAAACCUUAUACACCAGUAGUUGUGACUCUGUGGUACCGUUCACCUGAGCUCCUGCUUGGAGCAAAGGAAUACUCUACAGCGGUGGAUAUGUGGUCUGUCGGUUGCAUUUUUGGUGAGCUACUUACUCAGAAACCCCUCUUCCCAGGGAAAUCCGAAAUUGACCAGAUCAACAAAAUCUUUAAGGAUUUGGGCUCCCCUAGUGAGAAGAUCUGGCCUGGUUACAAUGAGCUUCCCGCAGUCAAGAAAAUGACCUUCACAGAGUACCCUUACAACAACCUGCGGAAGCGCUUUGGAGCACUUCUCUCAGAUCAAGGCUUUGAUCUUAUGAACAAGUUUCUAACAUACUGUCCCAGUAAGCGCAUCAUGGCUGAGGAGGCUCUUAAACAUGAGUAUUUCCGUGAGACGCCGCUCCCGAUAGAGCCAUCCAUGUUCCCAACGUGGCCUGCUAAGAGUGAACAGCAGCGUGUAAAGAGGGGCACAAGCCCCAGACCCCCUGAAGGAGGUCUAGGCUACAGCCAGCUGGGGGAUGAUGACCUUAAAGACACAGGGUUCCAUCUAACCGUGGCCAAUCAAGGAGCAUCUAAAGCAGGCCCGGGGUUCAGCCUGAAGUUUUGACCCAGUGCAUCUGUGAGCAAGUGAAGAAAUGUAAACACCUUAAAAUGACUUCAGUGUGAAUCAUGAAGGGGCUCCUUGUACUCAAGCAAAGGCCAUGAUGUGACCAUAACACAUCCAGUAUGUUUCAGUCCUAGUCUCAGCCAUCCAGUUUACAGCCAUCAUUCAUUGCCCUUAAUGUGGAUUCAAGAUGUCGUCUUUUUCUCUUUUCUGUAAAUGUGUUGGUCUUUUUUAUUUUAAGUCAGCCUUGUCUUCUACAACUUUUCUUAAAUUAGAAUAUGGUGUGGAAUGCCCAACAUUGCUGCUUAACACAUAACUUGUAUUAGCAUCUAGGGUAUGUUUUAUUAGAAAUAAAAAUGUUUUUGUAAAACUCAUCUCUCCAGUCAUUCAAAAUGUUUAUUGAUGUGCGAAGCAUUUUCUCUUGCAACUAUUUAGAGGGAUAUUGCAUUAUAUAUAUUUUGUUGGUGUAUCUUAUAAAAUAUUCUGAAUGGCUGGAAUAUAUUUUUGGCGCAAAUACUUUCAUAAAUAAAUUCAAUAACAUUCAAUUAACCAAGGUAGGAUGAAACGGAGUCAAACAAUAAAGUGCUACAUUUCAUUUCAGUACUGAUUAAACAUCAGAGUUUUGUGCUUUCAGCAUGUCAAACUGUAGGUCUUGGAGCAAAGCACAUCGUCAAUGGCUUGUAUGCAUCUAGGUGUGUUGGUGGAGGAGUGAUGUUCCCUGAUGUUGAGGGAAUGGUUCUCUCUGAUUGUUGGUGAUCUUGUAUCCUCAGUUGAUGAAAGGUGAUCUACCUUUGAAAUAGUAGUGCGAGGAAUAAAUAAUUUUAUCCUGUUGAGGUUUCCUUUUUUACAUUGUUGGGGUGCCAGACUGAAUUGGUCUAUUAAUCUGUACACACAGUCAUGAUAUUUGUAGUUUAUGUAAGAAAAUAAAUGACAUUUUUCAAGA